AUGAGGGAAGCACUCACGUUAUCACGCAACUGCUACCUUGAUAUAGCAACUGCCAAUUACUCUAAGCUGCCAUGGGACAUCAACAUCAAUGAUCUAAGAAAAAGGCUCCUGCUUCCUCCUGCCAGGAACGUGCCACAACUGUCAUUUAAAACGAUAGGGGAUGAAUGCCUGUGGGAACGUUCUCCAUUUUUUGAUGCAUUCUUUGAGAUUUGCCAUCCCGAGCACGUAUUAGCAAACCCAGACAUGCACAACAGCCACAACAAUCACUUUUGCAGACUCAUGUCAGGGAGUUCUUGGAGAAGAAGAAGAAGACCAGAACCGCGUAUUGGCCUCAUUACCUCAAACAUGUUCAAAUAA